AUGCCACCUGAAAAUAUUUUGAAGAGUGUGGAAUAUGAGGAGCCACCAAAGGGUAUUGAAGCAGAGAGACUGACGGAUGUCAUGCGCCGCCUUCACUCGCUAACCGCAGCAGAGAUGCGCACUCUUCUCAAGCAAGUGCACCAAUCUGGACAAGGUACCAAGAAACAACUUCGAGCACGGUUACGUCGCUAUUAUCGAAAAGAGUUUUCGUUGUAUCGAAUGUUCCAUGAAGGUGAAAGCAUGCCCCGAUUUGGAAAUAAAACGGCUCGUCAUUUCGACUUUCUAGUGGCUAUCGAUUUCGAAUGCACUUGUGUGGAAGUGAUUUACGACUAUCCCCAUGAAAUCAUCGAGUUUCCCUCUGUACUCAUUGAUGUUCACCAAAUGAAGAUAGUGGACACAUUUCGAAGUUUUGUAAGACCUGAGAAGAACCCAAUCUUAGAUCCUUUCUGCAUUGAGCUGACAGGAAUUUCUCAAAGUACCGUGGAUUCUGCUCCAGUCUUCAAAGAUGUUUAUAGAUUGUUUCGUGAAUGGAUGGCAACCCACAAUCUUGGCGAUAGUGGAUGCCGUUUUGCAUUUGUAACAGAUGGACCACACGACUUGUGGAAAUUCUUUCAGUUUCAGUGCAUUCUGUCUAACUUUGAAGUAAUCCCUCACGACUGUCGUUUCUUCAUAAACAUUAAGCGCAUCUUUGAACAAAGAGUGAUGAAGCUGGUAAAAGGAAACGGACAGUCUGGCAUUCAAAAUAUGCUUUCUCAUUACGGGUUGAGUUUCAAAGGUCGUAAACAUUGUGGCCUUGACGACGCCAUCAAUAUUGCAAGAUUAUGCAUAAAAAUGAUGGAAGAUAAGAUAGAGUUAAGGGACCGCCGUCUAGACGAACUGGCAAGAUCUGACCGAGGCGAAACUUCCGACUAUCAUAUUUGGCACAGGAAAUUGCCGCUUAAAUUGCGGCAUGUCACGCGCGAUGAAUUCUUAAGUGAAGAGUAUUUGGAUUGUGACUCAUGUGACGAUCUCGACGAGUAA